AUGAUAUCUAUCUACAGCAUCAGUUACCCAGUAGAGAUUGGUCUUCGAUUGACUGGAAUCUGGCCAUCGUCUCAUCAAAAUAUAUUUCGUUUUCUUUGGGUGGUAGUAAUGGCUACUGCGCAAAUAUCUCAAUAUUGGUACAUAAUAAAGCAUCUCAAUUAUAACAAUUUUACGAAAGUGGUGGAAUGUGUCAGUACUGCGUUGCCCUACAGUUUGUUUUGCUUCAAACUGGUCACCUUUUGGAUCAAACGUGGAACUUUUAAGAAUAUUUUAACAGCGAUGGCCAUGGAUUGGACUAAUUCUUCCACUGGAAAACUAAACAGCGAAGUGAUGAUAAACAAAGCUAAUUUGUCGAAUCGUUGCUCGCAACUAAUUAUGGGUGUCUACAUCCUUGCGGUUUUUCUUUAUAGCAGCGUGGUCGUCCAAUUCUUCCUUAGGGUCGACGAUCACGAUUCCGAUACGAAUUCUCGUGAAUUGUUAAUGAAAAUGGAAUAUCCAUUUGCAAGUUAUAGCAGGCCGACGUACGAAUACGUGUUGCUCGUACAGUUUUUGCAAUUAUUAGUUACUGCCUGUGGCAUUAGCAUGUUGGAUGCUUUCAUAAUAACCUUAGUAUUACAUGUUGGAGGCCAGAUAGAACUAGUGCAUCUAACUCUGGCAGAUAUCUCUCCAAGACAAGCAAAAGAUGGACUGCCGAAAUGUGUCAUCAAGCAAUUAUUCGAUAGACAUAAGAAAAUUAUUAUUUUUACAAAGGAUAUAGAAAAUCUUUUUUCUUACAUUGCUCUGAUGCAAUUGUUAUGCAAUACCCUCAGUAUUUGUUGUAUUGGCUUUUUAAUGAUGGUUUCGCUGCACUCGGACAAAAACGUCGCAACACUGACGAAAAUAUUGUUUUUUUAUAUCGCCAUCACACUGGAAGCGUUUAUCUUUUGUUUCGCUGGAGAGUAUCUCAGCACCAAGAGUACAUCCAUUAACAGUGCAGCGUAUAACUCAGUUUGGUACCUUUUAAAGCCAAACGACACUCGUGUUAUAUUGCUUCUAAUGUUAAGGUCGCAAAAGCAAUUAACAAUCUCUGCUGGAAAAUUUAUAGAUUUGUCUUUGGAAGGGUUUGCAAAUAUACUGAAAACUUCUGCGUCAUAUAUGUUUGUACUAUAUGCAAUGUACUGAGUGUACAUAGGAUACGAGUAUAUAGAUAUUGGAAUAUACCUAACUUGUAAUGCAUGCACGACGAUUGUGUGAUGUAAAUCGAUAAAAA